GCCCGGGGCUGAGCCUGGGCGCGCCCGGUGGCCGUGCGCCACCCGACGACCUGGAUCUCUUCCCCACGCCGGACCCACAUUACGAGAAAAAGUACUACUUCCCGGUGCGCGAGCUGGAGCGCUCGCUGCGCUUCGACAUGAAGGGCGACGAUGUGAUCGUCUUCCUGCACAUCCAGAAGAUGCGCCUCGAGGUGCCCUGCGACUGUCGGCCCGGCCAGAAGAAGUGCACCUGCUAUCGGCCCAACCGCCGCGAGACGUGGCUCUUUUCUCGCUUCUCCACCGGCUGGAGCUGCGGACUGCAUGCUGACUGGACCGAACUCACCAACUGUGUGCCCGGUGUGCUAGACCGCCGCGACCCAGCAGGUCUGCGUUCGCCCAGGAAAUUCUACUACAUCACUCUACUGCGAGACCCAGUAUCCCGCUACCUGAGUGAGUGGCGACAUGUACAGCGUGGAGCCACGUGGAAGACCUCACUGCACAUGUGUGAUGGGCGCACACCAACUCCAGAGGAGCUGCCGCCCUGCUACGAGGGCACAGACUGGUCAGGCUGCACGCUGCAGGAGUUCAUGGAUUGCCCUUACAACCUGGCCAACAACCGGCAGGUGCGCAUGCUGGCUGACCUCAGCCUGGUGGGCUGCUACAACCUGUCCUUCAUCCCCGAGAGCAAGCGGGCCCAGCUGCUGCUGGAGAGCGCCAAGAAGAACCUGCGCGGCAUGGCCUUCUUCGGCCUCACCGAGUUCCAACGCAAGACGCAGUACCUAUUUGAGCGGACGUUCAACCUUAAGUUCAUCCGGCCCUUCAUGCAGUACAACAGCACGCGGGCGGGCGGUGUGGAGGUGGAUGAGGACACCAUCCGGCACAUCGAGGAGCUCAACGACCUGGACAUGCAGCUGUAUGACUAUGCCAAGGACCUCUUCCAGCAGCGUUACCAGUACAAGAGGCAGCUGGAGCGCAGGGAGCAGCGCCUGCGCAAUCGCGAAGAGCGCCUCCUGCAUCGCUCCAAGGAGGCACUGCCACGGGAGGACACGGAAGAGCCAGGUCGCGUGCCCACCGAGGACUACAUGAGCCAUAUCAUUGAGAAGUGGUAGUGGUGGCCGGGGCAGAGAGUGAUGGGCAAGAUUUAACGGGGAAAGAAAUGGGGCCUACAGUCCUUGCUGUUUGGUGUAGAGGGGAGCGUGCUAGUAGGAUACCCUAGACCUUGACGGGCAGGGUAGGACCUCUGUCUGAGGCAGGUGGCCUCCUUGCUCUCCUUGCCCCCCCCCCAUGUCACACUUAAAACUGAUGAAAAUUUGAAAAAGACUGUCGAGGGGACAAGUCUGCUCAGCCGAGAGCCCCACACCUACUAUGCACGCACUGGCCCCAAUGACCAGCCCCUCUAGGAACAUAUGACUAGCUCCUAAUAGUUCCUCUAAAGCUCCUUGGCCUCUGGGGACCCUAAUAACCCAGAACCUUAGGGAGCCUUUUCCUUGAGAACACAGCGAAUCUCUGAGGUGUCCUCAGACUUGGAGUUCCCCCUCUUUACCCAUCAAAGCUGCUUUCAAGGUUAGGGUCAGCCCCAGCUAUGGUACCUGGCUGCUGCACUCUCUGGGCCAUGAUCAAAAUCCACAGGCCAUCCUGGCUUUGGGGAGCCAGGCUCAGGCAGGAAAGAGAUGGACACCGAGAGUCGUACCCCCUCCCAUCCCUGUGCUUUCUGAUUCACUGCCCCCAGCCCUAUCACUGGGACAUUUAUACAAGGGCUUGUGUGCCACUGUUCCCACCAUACCAGCAAUCCGUAAGUCCCAUGCAUAAAAGCAUCCAUUGGCUGGGAUGCAGGGCCACACCAACCGGAGUUGACAGUGAAUGGCCAGGAUGGGGACUUUCCCAUUCUCAGCUAAGGUUGGAAGGAACAGCUCUGAAUGACCUUUCGAGGGCCUGUAUGCACAACCCUCCCCUCCCUGCAUCUUCCUACCCUUCAGAGUCCCACCAGGCUGUUUCCAGCAGCUCCAUGGGCCAGCCAGUGACCCUACUAGAAGCCAUGUUGCAUAUCUGUUUUUAAGCACUUGCCUUGGUGCCCUACCCCUUGUGCUCUCUAGGAGGCCCUAGUGGGCCACCACUCAGUGGCGGUGUCAUGACUUUUUCAGUCCAUAUGCAUGCAGACAAGGGGUGGGUCACCACAGACAAGAGUGGGGGCCAUAUGUAGCAUAGCAAUAUUCCAGAUGUUGGCAGGCAUAACUCCUACCCCAGAGCAAUGACUUAAUCUUCAAUUGUGUGGUAUACACUCAGGCACCAGGACUUGACCUUGGGGUCCACAGGCAAGAUGAGUUCUGGUGGGCACUGUCCAGCCCAGUCCAGGGCCACCUUCAUGGUGAAUGAUCACACUGAGGAGAUGGGUAAUAAGAUGAGUUAGGUGGCCAAGGUCACCAUGCGAGGGAUUGGCUUAGAUGCUCAGUUUAGAACAAAUAUACUUCUGAGAGGAGCGUGGGGCAUAUUUGGGGAGCCCUGGGGACUUUCACAGGUCAUGUUGGUUGCUGCCAGCUUCUGUCAGGAAGUACCCCAGCUCUACAUCUUCCUAUUCUAUACAUAUUGGAAUAAGUUUUAACUUACACCCCGCCAUCCUGACUCUCACGGAAGCACGGGUCACUUCUCUGUCUCUGCUGCAUUUGAAAACUAGUCCCUCCCAUCUCAGGCCAACGCCAGACUGAGGAAUCCUCAGUCCCUCGACUGUCCACCCCUGCCUAAGGCUCAGGCCACCAGCUUUGGGGCACAGCUUCCUGGUACUCACAGCAUCUCAGAACAGGGUGCUUCCCCAUCCCUACAGCUCCAAGGACCCUGCCUACCCAGGGGCAUCUCCUGGAGCUGAGAAGCCAAGCAAGUGCAGCAAGAUAGUAACUCAGUCCCGAGGCACCUUGCUGCCCUACCGACACCCCCUCCUGGAGUGGGAAGCAGGGACCGCAGGACUGUCCAGGCAACGUGUCUGAACUGGAACUGUUCCACUUGAACCCAGGAGCUUUAAAGCUUUAUUUAUUUAUAGCUUCUUAUUAAAAAAUAAAAAGUGUGGAGGAGUCUUUCGGUUAUUCGUACAGAGCGAUGAAUUGAUGGAAAAGCAACUGGUUGUCUUCUAAUUGUCUUUGUCUAGGUGGAGAAUGAACAUUAGCAGAUGAAAUAAACCCUGAAAAGGUCA